GAUGACUCAUCAUGCACUACACAGAUUUUUGACUAAUCAGAUGCUCUCUAAAAAUGAAAAAGCCCCGCCCCCUAAUACCACCUGCAACCAAUUAGCAAGCUGCUUUUUUAAGGAUAUUUCCUGCCCCAAAUGUCCUAUUUUAGUAUGAAAAAUGAAAAGGCCUUGUUACACAGAAAUUUCUAAUGUGUUGAUUUAGUACUUGAGAAACUUUUAUUAGCACAUCUGAAAAUGGUUGCUGCUUAAUGACUUGUUGAAACAAUACCGAACAUCUUAUUUCAGCUUUACUAGUGUAUUCAUUUUCAUAAAUGCAACAUUAUUUCACCUAUUCACUUGUUAUCUUAUUACAGUUACAAGACCGGGCCUCCAAAAAAGACAAAGGUGUCACACACUUGGUUAAAUUUUGGUUAAUGUUUGUCUUUGGUAAUCAUAGUUUUGCCCAAAAUUCUUUAUUGUAACUUUAAGAUCAUACUAAAUUAAUAUGGUCUUACCUUAAUUCUUUUAGCAGAUGCUAAAGGUGACAUACAAAUGAGUGAUUCGUUUUAAGAAGGCAUAACAGAGCAGUGCUAAACUUAUAAAAGUUUGCUGGUCCAGUAUGCCUUGACCUCUUCCCCUCACAGUCUAUUAAUAGUAAGACUAUGUGACUGACUCCACCGAUUGUGUUUCACAGCCACGCUCCCGACAACCGGAAUUUACAAAGCUUUUGGGAAUCACUUAUAUUUACUGAAAGAGUGCGGAUUAAUCUGUGUAUGUGUGCGAUAUGAGCAGGCCUCGAGCAGUUCUCGGUUUAGUGGAGGAAGAUGACCGGGAUUUGUCGCGGCGGGAAGCAGUGAAUCGUUUAAAGACAAGCUUUCUAGAAGCGCUCACGCGUAACGAUGCAGCUGAGGUUGCAAAAAUCCUUCGCACCACCAGCAUUGACAUAGACGCUGUGUUAGACGUGGAGGACCGCGAUAUGAUCCUUGCCUCGUAUAAGCAAGGAUACUGGCUACCAAGUUAUAAGUUGGAGACAUCCUGGGCGAUGGGUCUUCACGUGUGUAUGAUGUACAAUGCUUUGGAGAGUGCCGUAGUUCUUCUGCAGAAUGGGGCAGCGGUCAACAGGAAACCUAAUGGGAAGACCCCUCUACAUGUGGCCUGUACGGUGUCUAAUGCUGACUGUGUGGGACUUCUGCUGGAAUGGGGCGCGCGGAUCAACAGCAUGUCUCUGAGUGGACACACCCCUUUACACUACUGCAUUACAGCAGAGUCUUUGGACUGUGCCAAACAUCUGAUUCUCAAAGGAGCAAAUGUCAACAUGCCCAGUGAGGAGAACCAGGACACCCCUCUGCACACAGCAGCCCGGUUCGGUAUCCCAGAGCUGGUGGCUUUAUAUAUCGCUCAUGGAGCUGAUAUCAAUGCAGUCAACGGCUACAUGGAGACACCUCUUAUCACCGCUUCAUUCUGGGCCAUGGACAUUCGCGAACGAACCUAUAGCUCAGACCACCAUCUCGUCUGCCGGAUCCUGUUGGACCACAAUGCUAAAGUAUAUUCAUAUGAGGAAGACAAGAAGACGGCGUUGCACAAAGCUUGCUGGAAUUGUGACCAUGUGCUUAUCCAGAUGUUGCUGGAGGCCGGUGCCGAGACUAAAGCUAUGGAUGUCAAUGGAUGCGCAGCUAUACAGUAUCUGCUGAAAGUGACGCAAAUCAGGCCGUGGGCCAUUCCUGAACGCUGCUAUCAGCUGCUUCUGAACUACGGAGCAGCCCGAGUGUAUCCACCACAGUUUCACAAGGUGUUGCAGGCGUGUCAUGAAUACCCCAGGGCAGUGGAGGUGAUGGUCAAUUCAUAUGAACAUAUCAAGUACACUAAAAAAUGGAGAGCUGCUAUUCCUGAAGCUGUAUAUGAGCGGCACAGGAAUUUUUAUGACUCUCUGUUUGCCGUCUGCACCAACAGUCCACGCACUCUACAACAUCUGGCCAGAUGUGCAAUACGUGCCGCAUUGUCGAAUCGCUGUGAAUUGGGUGUCCAGCAACUCAUUCUUCCUCCAUCAGUGAAGAAAUACUUACUUCUGGAGCCUGUUGGAUUCAUAUUCUGACAUCAUAUUCUGCUUUAUAGACAUAUGACUGCUGCAUGCUCACUAUCGUUUACAUCAAUUCUCCAUACAUCAUGUUUGCUUGUCAGACAUUCCACAUAAUUCCAGUGCUGGUGACAUUAGAUGUUUCAUUUACAUCUUAUUGUUCACUGGUGUCCAGGUCUUGUUUGCUUAUGUUUUAAAAUGUUUUCUUUAUUUGAUACA